UGCUUUAUUGUUAGUGGGCACAAGUCAUUGGUGAGACUGGAAAACAGCAUCAAAAGGAAAACUUGAGUGGAUAGGAAGGAGAGAAUGGCAAAAUCACCAGAAGAAGAACACCCACAAAAGGCUUUUGGUUGGGCUGCCAAAGAUUCUUCUGGGCUUCUUUCCCCAUUUCAUUUCUCCAGAAGGGAAACUGGAGAUGGUGAUGUCACAAUAAAAAUACUUUACUGUGGGGUUUGCCACUCUGACUUGCACAAUGUCAAGAAUGAGUGGGGGUUCACAAUGUAUCCUGUUGUUCCCGGGCAUGAAAUUGUUGGUACUGUAACCAAAACUGGGAAGAAUGUGAAGAAAUUCAAAGUGGGUGACCGAGUUGGAGUUGGUGUCCUAGUGGACUCCUGCAAGAGAUGUGAGAGUUGCCAACAGGAUUUGGAGAAUUACUGCCCUCAAAUGAUUUUAACCUAUAACUCUUAUUCUCAAGAUGGGACAAAGACUUAUGGUGGUUAUUCUGACAUUGUGGUUGUUGAUGAGCACUAUGUGCUACGCUUUCCUGAAAACUUACCCCCGGAUGCUGGGGCUCCACUUCUCUGUGCUGGGAUCACAGUAUACAGCCCAAUGAAAUAUUAUGGAAUGACUGAGCCUGGCAAGCAUUUGGGUGUUGCAGGACUUGGUGGUCUUGGCCAUGUUGCAGUGAAAAUUGGUAAGGCCUUUGGGUUGAAAGUUACUGUCAUUAGCACUUCCCCAAAAAAGGAGGAGGAGGCAAUCGAUAGGCUUGGGGCUGAUUCAUUUCUUGUUUCCAGUAACCCUGCAAAAAUGAAGGCAGCAAUCAAUACUAUGGAUUUCAUCAUUGACACAGUGUCUGCAGUUCACCCUCUGGCUCCGCUGAUUAGUCUGCUGAAGCUGAAUGGGAAGCUGAUCACUGUGGGUUUGCCUGAGAAGCCCCUCGAGCUGCCCAUCUUUCCUUUAGUUUUGGGGCGUAAACUUGUUGGAGGAAGUGAUGUGGGAGGGAUUAAAGAGACACAAGAGAUGCUAGACUUCUGUGCAAAGCAUGGUAUUACCGCAGACAUUGAGCUGAUCAAAAUGGGAGACAUCAACACGGCUAUGGAAAGGCUUGCCAAAUCUGAUGUGAAGUAUCGGUUUGUAAUUGAUGUGGCUAACUCCUUGUCACAGUAGAUUAAUUAUGCCUUGGCUGCUAGCCUUCUCGAGAAUUGACUCCUGAAUAUUUCUAUAAGUUUAGAAUCAAUAAUUUAGUGGUAUGGAAGUUUAAGGCAGGGGAAUCAUGAAAUUUUGUUAUCUUGGACACAUCGGUGUCCUCUUUGGUUAAGUAAUUCAACGCUAUGCUUUAUGGUAUCUAUUUCACCUAUUCCUAUUGCAAUGAAAUUUAACUGGCUGUCAAUGUGCUUUGUUUUUCA